CUUCACCUGGAGCGGGUUGUUUUCUGAGUCAGAGUGGAGUGGAGUGUUCAUUUAAAAGCUGCAAAGCCAGCCGAAAAGAGCCUGGGCUCUGAUGUCUUGGGACGCAUUCGACUGGUGAAGGGCGAAACUGUUGACUUGGGAUCAGAGGAAGAAGAGUGAAGGUGGGGGCUGGGGGGGCGGUCUCCUGGAGGAAUGAGUGGUUGCUAUGACUUUGCUUCUAGAACAAGGACCCUAGAAAAGGGAUUCCAAGUUCUCCUGGCGGUUUUGAAGACAUUUAUGGUCUUUUAUUGUGGUCCAGUUUCUAUAUCUGUUCUACUGGCCUGGAAUAGUUCAGUUUUUUUUUUCUUGUUUUUGUUUUCAUUUAUUAAGGGAGAAGUAAUGUUAACCUCCCAGGAAUGUAUUGCGUGAAGCAAUUCAACCUUCAGUUUUAUUGCAUGAGAAUGAUAUGUUUAAGUGUAACAUAGCGGGUUGUAAUGGCAGAAGACACAUCGCCUGUAUUUUAAAGUGGGACGGAGCAUUUUCGUAACAACCUUUGACCACCCUUGCGUUAAGCUUUUGGCUGCGGCCUUUUGCUAAGAUGAGCGCCCACCCUUCCUCCACUCCCUCCGACCGGGAGCGGCGAGUCCGGACCACCCUGAAGAAAGUCUUUGGAUUUGAUUCUUUUAAAACGCCUUUACAGGAGAGUGCGACCAUGGCUGUAGUGAAAGGUGACAAGGAUGUCUUUGUGUGCAUGCCCACGGGGGCAGGGAAAUCUCUGUGCUAUCAGCUCCCUGCCCUGUUGGCCAAAGGAAUCACCAUUGUAGUCUCUCCUCUUAUUGCUUUGAUUCAGGACCAGGUAGACCACCUGCUGGCCUUGAAGGUGCCAGUUAGUUCCCUCAACUCCAAGCUCUCGGUACAGGAGAGGAAGGAGCUGCUGUCUGACCUGGAGCGAGACGAACCUCGGACCAAACUUCUGUACAUCACCCCGGAGAUGGCAGCUUCAGCCUCCUUCCAGCCCACCCUGACUUCCCUCGUGUCCCGAAACCUGCUCUCCUACUUGGUGGUGGAUGAAGCUCACUGUGUUUCGCAGUGGGGACAUGACUUCCGGCCUGACUAUUUGCAUCUGGGUGCCCUCCGUUCCCGCCUGGCACAUGCCCCGUGUGUGGCUCUCACUGCUACAGCCACCCCACAGGUUCAAGAGGAUGUGUUUGCUGCCCUACACUUGAAGCACCCAGUGGCCUCUUUCAAGACUCCCUGCUUCCGGGCCAAUCUCUUCUACGAUGUGCAGUUCAAGGAACUCAUUCCUGACCUCUAUGGGAACCUGAGGGACUUCUGCCUUAAGGCUCUUGGCCAGAAGGCCAAUAAAGGGCAGUUAUCUGGGUGCGGCAUUGUCUACUGCAGGACUAGAGACGCUUGUGAGCAGCUGGCCAUAGAGCUCAGCAGCCGGGGUGUGAAGGCCAAGGCUUACCACGCAGGGCUGAAGGCGUCUGAUAGAACACAGGUACAGAAUGAGUGGAUGGAAGAGAAGGUCCCUGUAAUUGUUGCAACGAUCAGUUUUGGGAUGGGAGUGGACAAAGCUAAUGUCCGAUUUGUUGCCCAUUGGAAUAUUGCCAAAUCCAUGGCUGGCUACUACCAGGAAUCUGGCCGUGCUGGCAGGGAUGGGAAACAAUCUUGGUGCCGACUUUAUUACUCUAGAAAUGACCGAGACCAAGUCAACUUCCUCAUCAGAAAGGAAAGAGCCAAACUCCAGGAAAAGAGAGGGAACAAAGCAUCUGAUAAAGCCACCCUGCUGUCCUUCGAUGCCCUGGUGACCUUCUGUGAAGAACUGGGGUGCCGCCAUGCUGCCAUUGCUAAGUACUUUGGGGAUGCGCCUCCUGCCUGCGCCAAAGGCUGUGACCACUGCCAGAGUCCUGCAGCUGUAAGGGAGAAGCUUGAUGCCCUGGAGCGCAGCAGCAGCUGGAGCAAGACCUGCAUCAGACCCCUCCAGGGGGACGACUUCGACCCUGAGCUGUAUGAGGGAGGCCGCAGAGGCUACGGGGGCUUCAGCAGGUAUGAUGAAGGUUCUGGAGGGAGCGGUGAUGAGGGCAGAGAUGAGGCCCACAAGCGGCAAUGGAAUCUUUUCUAUCAGAAACAGAUGAGCCUGCGCAAGGGCAAAGAGCCCAAGAUAGAAGAAUUCACACCCCCAGAUGAAGACUGUCCCCUGAGAGAGGCUUCAAGCAGGAAGAUCCCUAAGCUCACAGUGAAGGCUCGUGAGCACUGCCUGCGACUUCUGGAGGAGGCGCUGAGCAGUAAUCACCAGGCCGCAGGGUCCCCUGACGGAGCUGACCUGCGGGCCAAGGCUGUGGAGCUGGAGUAUGGGACAUUCCGAAACGCCAAGAUGGUCAACCUGUACAAGGCCAGCGUUCUGAAGAAGGUGGCUGAAAUCCACAAGGCCUCCAAGGAUGGUUGUCUCUAUGACAUGGAAGGUGGCAUCAAGAGCUGCAGUGCUGGGGCUGAGCCUGCGGAGCCCAGUGACUACGACAUACCGCCAGCCUCCCAUGUCUACUCGCUCAAACCCAAGAGAGUAGGAGCUGGCUUCCCCAAAGGCUCCUGCCCAUUCCAGACAGCCACAGAACUGUUGGGGAAGUCUCAGAUCCAGAAGCAAGCCUCUGAGGCUGUGCUGGAAGGUGAACAGGAUCCCCCAGGCUGGGACUGUGAUCUUCAAGAUGAAGACAGGAACGAGCCCCUCCCUGGGUACCAAGGAGAAGCUCCUGGAAGUAGUGCUAACUGUGGGGAGCCCUCGCCCGAGAAGAGGACAAAAGGCAGUGCCAAGGCUAGAGCCAGCAAGAAACAGCAGCUCCUAGCUGCAGCGGCCCUCAAGGAUUCCCAGAACAUCACCCGAUUCUUCUGUCAAAGAACAGAAAGCCCGCCUUUACCUGCUUCAGUCCCUUCCUGUGGGGGUGUGCCAGAGGACUGCGCAGAAGCUGGAGCCCAGGGGCAUUUGAAUACUCUAGGACAGACUGAGUGUCCCAGGGAGGGACCAAGCCCCUGCUCACUCCGAGACCAGAACUUCCCUGAAGGUCAGCCUAGUCCUCUGAAGGAAACUCAGGCAAGCAAGCGGCCCAGACCCCAGCAGGUACUGGAGGAGGAGAGCUCAGAGAGGACUCAAAAGAAGCUUUGCCCCUCAACACAGUCCUCCGUCUUGGCGGAGGCCAAGAGCAGUGCCCUGGCCAAUGACAGCAGCACCGAGAAUGAAGUGGCUCGAGAGCCCUGCCCGCUCUCAGCUCCUGGCAUCUCCGUGAAGGAGGCUGCCGCUGUUGUGGUCAAGUACCUGACCCCCUUCUAUAAGGAGGGCAGGUUCAUGUCCAAGGACUUGUUUAAAGGCUUUGCCCGCCACCUCUCACAUUUUCUGGCUCAGAAGGCCUCUCCUGGAAAGAGUGUGAGGGAGGAGGCCCAGACCCUCAUCAAGCAGUUUUUCCAUGAUCGGGCCCGGUGUGAGAGUGAAGCUGACUGGUGCGGCCUCUGUGCCCCACAAAGAUGACCUGGCCUCUGCUGACUGAACAGGGUCGGCAGGCCCGUGCCAGAGGCACCAACUUUCUCAGGGUCCUCCUCCUCGCCCCUCCCCCCAACCAAACCACACUGUAGAGAUGUCACUAGACACGCAGUGGAAGGUCAGAGGUGAGCCCAUAGUCCUUUCUCUCUGCCUGCUUCUCCUGGCCUUCGUGGCUAGGGCCCCACAUUAGAUGGUUCGGAUGGAACGGCUGCUGCCAAAGAAAAACAGUGACCUUCCCGUCUUUGUUUCAAGUCCUCUGCCAGGGCGAGGCCAUUUUCUCCCCUGAGUGCCUGCCCUCUUACUUGAGAUACCAGGCUCCAGGCCCUGCCCGUCUGCUGCUCAGGAAGGCCAGACCCAACUGACAUGUUUGCAAGAAUAAGAAGAAUAAAGUCUGCCUG